AUGAGGACGUUGGUGAUUUUACAAGUGUUGUUUUUACUCUGCGUGCAAGAUGCUUGGGCGAGCCAUGUAAGAAUUGCACUUAAGGAGGAAGAAGAAGGUAAAACUUUUUUUUCUCAUCUUUGUUACGCCUCAUAGAUGAUCAUGGUUUGGAGACAAACGCCGUGGAAGAAGAUUUAAAAGCCAUUUGCGACACUCGGUAUAUUGGAAAGGUUGCGAUCGGAGAACCACCACAGUACUUCAACGUCAUGUUUGACACCGGAACAUCGGCUUUCUGGGUCCCCGAGAAAAAUUGUGUUCGUUUACGGAGAAAAAAGUAAGAGCGUUGCAAUGUUUUAAAUAACCGUAGUUACAUUAAUGAAAGACUUCGUGUUUUCAUUUGGAUUUUAAAAAUGUUUAGAUGUCCUACACCGCAAUACGAUGCGUCUUUAUCCAAAACAAAGGAAACGUUGCAAAAAUACUUCUCAUUAAGAUACGACAGCGCUUAUGUUAACGGAACUCUUUACAAAGAUAAAUUUGCGGUAUGUUAUUAUAGUUUUAUAAUUUAUUCUUGCACAAGUCGAAAACGAACUCUUUAUAAAUUUAGUUUGUGACGAGAGGCGGUACACUGAUAAGGCUAAAGGGAAAGGUGGAGUUCGGAGCAGGCAACGUUUUUAAGGGAACGCCCGUUGGCAUGAUUGGACUGGCGCCGGAACAGGGACCACACUCCAGUGGCAGCAAUGUCAUGCAACAAGCCAUACAAGAAGGAGUGUUUGGAAAACCGAUAUUCACCACGCAUCUGCGGAAAAGCAUUGACCACAACAGAGGCAGUGGGGUAAUUACACUAGGUAAUGUGGAUACCGAACACUGUGAAAAAGAUGUUCAUUAUGUGAAAGCCAUAAAAGGUUCAAAGUGGGGAGUUCACAUGGAGUCGGCUCAAUGUAAGCUCAUUGGAAUUUCUUAAAUGAAAAAUAACUCAAUGAUAUUUUGUAGUCACUUAUGGUGGUAAAACACUGAACUUUGGAGCUCAUGAUGUCCACACCGACACUGGCUCGGCUGAAAUCAGAGCGCCCAAACAAAUUUAUCAACAAGUCGCAAAGGCUCUUGGAAUAGAAACACAUAAAACGACAAGAAAGAUCUUUCUUCCGUGUAAUACCGCGUUCAAUUUCUCGUUUCACAUUGACAAGAGAAACUACUUCGUCUCCUGGACCGAACUCCUGAAAUCAAAACAGAAGCGGAAUGAUUGCUGGAUUGCACUGAAACCCACAAAUGAUAAGCAUUGGACAUUCGGCCACCCAUUUGCAAGGGAAUACUGCCUUGUCCACGAUUUUAAGCAACGAAGAAUCGGAUUUUCAGGCGUGAAGACUGCCCACGAAGGAAGCAAGAAAACCGUUACGAAAGGUGCCGAAAAGGAACGAAAACAGCGAGGCUUUACAAAAAAUGAAAGUAAACACGGCGUUACAAAAAAGGCAGAGGAAAAAAUAAAGAUCGGCUCCACACGUAAAGGGAUAGAUCGUCGGGUUACAAGCAAAGGAUAUGGAGAAAGAAAGAAUGGGGAUGCAAAGAAAGACGGUCAUGAAGAGUACGAAUAUGGUGAAGGUUACGAAUACGAGUACGAAGAAGGCAGUGGAAUGGACGAUAAAGGUAGAAACAAAGAUGGUAGACAUGGAGAAGGGAGGUUUGAUCGUGGAAAGAACCGGAAAAAUGGAAGAAAAAAUGACGAGUAUGAAUACGCCAAUGAUUACGACUACGGAGAUGGAGACCGCAAAGAUAAUAAAAAGAAAGGUGGAAGAAGAAACGGGCAAGGUCUGAGAGAAAAAGAUAAGAAAGAAAAGAAGAAUGACUAUGGGUAUGGCGAAGGCUACGAAUAUGAAGAAGGAAGUGGAAGUUACGGUAAAGGAGGCUACAAACGUAACGGAAAGAAGGGUGGAAGCUAUGGUAAAGGAGGCUCAGGACUUGGAAAAAGAAGAAAGGGAGGUGAUGGAAAGGGAGAUGGGUAUGGAUAUGGUGAAGGCUACGAAUAUGAAGAAGGAAGUGGAAGUUACGGUAAAGGAGGCUACAAACGUAACGGAAAGAAAGGUGGAAGCUAUGGUAAAGGAGGCUCAGGACUUGGAAAAAGAAGAAAGGGAGGUGAUGGAAGGGAAGAUAGGUACGGAUUUGGUGAAGGCUAUGAAUAUGAACAAGGAAGUGGAAGUUACGGUAAAGGAAGCUACAAACGUAACGGAAAGAAGGGUGGAAGCUAUGGUAAAGGAGGAUCCGGACUUGGAAAAAACAGAAAGGGAGGUGAUGGAAGGGGAGAUGGAUUUGGUGAAGGCUACAAAUAUGAAGAAGGAAGUGGAAGCCGUGGCGAAGGACGCUCCAAAUACGGCGGACGAGGCCAAGACAACAACGGUGCAGGAAGUUUUCGACGAGUCACUUGGAAAUUCAAUGGUAGCGAUGACAAUGGAAAUCGGCAAUUUACGUUCAAAUACCGAAACGACGGCCACUUUAGGCGUUACACUUUCAAAUAUCCAAAGUCAUUUACACGAUGGGUUACCUAUAAUUAAUAAACAGUUUCGUUUUCUAAUCGAAGCUAAUUGUUUUUGAAGUUGUUGAAAAUCAAAUUACAAAUAAAGAUGCGAAACGCAUAAUAUUAUAUAUUCAAUCUUCGGCGGUUAAUUAAAAUCGAGCAUAUAUAAAUUUUUAAAUAAUGCGGUAUAAGCAGUUGUUGGACCUUUGUGCUAAUCUUUGAAACUGUUCAAAAGUUUAAAUGAAAGUGUUAAGUCGACUUGUUGCAAUUGCAAUCACUACUGUGGUGAUAAAUGGCCGCAUGCUAAAAAUUAGGCUUGAAGAAGGCAAAAAAGGUGGUUAGAAUAAAUUUUCCCCAAACCCUGUCUUUAGAUCAUAGGUUUUUCAAACUCAGCCAAACUGUUGAGAAACUUGACGGCGAGAAUGAUGUCUCAUAUUAUGCACAUUUACUUAUGGGGACCCCGGCACAAAACGUGACCGUAAAUUUUGACACCGGAUCUUCGACUCUGUGGACUCCGGCGCCGAAGGCCGAAUUUAAGAACGGCACGAUGUAAGAACGCUUUUCCGAGAUCCAAGCGUAAUAAUCCGUUUUCAGAUACUCAUUGCCAACCUACCUUCCAUUGGAUUCAUCAACUGCGACUUGUUUAGAAGAGAACUUUACAAAGAGCUAUGGAACCGCUACUGUUAGUGGCAAACUUUAUAGGGACAAAAUAUCGGUCUGUGCGUAUAAUUAUGAGUAAUCGUUGAUUUCAGUUUAGUGGCGGAGGUGAGGCACUUUCCCUUGCCGACCCAGUUGUGUUCGGAUGUGCAUACCGUUUAGACGGUCCUUUCAAAACGGGUAUUAUUGGAAUGGCGCCACCGCCUUCAAAACAAAUUGGUAGCAAUAUAGGGCAAGAGCUGAUUAAAGUUUUGGACAAACCAAUUUUUACAACCUUUUUGAAGAAAAGCAGUGGAAGCAAUCAGGGGUAUGGCUAUAUUACGCUUGGAGGAUUGGACAAAGAUAAUUGCGCAAACGACGCCAUAUACGCCAAAGUAGUACAAAAAGGAAAAUGGGCGGUAGCAUUGGACUCCACAAGAUGUAAGCUUAAAAACUCAUACUUUAUUAGAGUGCAGUGGACGUUAAGGGAAAAAAACCUACUGUUUUCAAAGCAAGCGUUGCGGUAACCGACUCUGGCUGUUCGACGAUCAAGGCUCCUCAUGACGCCUACAAAAAGAUUGCAAAAAUGCUGAACUUUAAGCUUACGGAAUCACGUGUAUAUCUACCCUGCGAUACUGCCUUCACUCUCACAUUUUCGAUCAAUGGUAAAGAACAUCAAGUUCCUUCCAGCCAAAUUCUGAUCAAAAGUCUGAAAAAACCUAGUUGUGCCCUGGCCUUACAAAAGCAUAAAAACGAGAAAUGGAUUCUUGGCCAGCCGUUUAUGCGACAAUUCUGUCUGAUCCACAACGUCAAAGAUUUAAAUCUCGGAUUUUCGACCGCUAAAUAA